AUGCUGCUGAUGCUGCUGCUGGUGCUGAUGCUGCUGCUGGUGCUGAUGCUGCUGCUGGUGCUGAUGCUGAGCUCCGGUCAUUCAGGAUGCUCUGCUGCCGCAGUCCGCUCAGUCCGCAUCCAGGGCGGCACUUCCCACCGCAGGACUGUUCAACUGCAGUGGAGUCCCGACGCCUCCGAGUCGUUGCAGAGCGGAAACAAGUUUCUGUGUUCAGACUUCAUCCUCGCCGUGGGCCACAACGCUGCCCGUUUUCUGUCAGCGCACGUUCUCGCCUCGGCAAACUGGGACGCCGUCGGACGUGCGCUGGUGUGGAACGAGAGGAGCCGAGCCGGAACUGGCCAAACCAGCGAAGAGUCGGCAUGUGUUUUCUACAGACACAAGGACAACCCGUCAGUUUUUGUUUGCCAAGUGACUUGCUACGUUGCAGAAGACCAGCUUUUUCAGUGGGCUGAAAAGGUGUUUGACUGUCUCCAAUCCAGAGAGCUGAAUGUGACCGUGCUGUCAGAUAGCUCCGUGGCUGAUUACAAGACAGCAGACUAUCUGAGCAGCAGCUCUGCUCCCUUCCUGCGAUCUCUCCACACCAGUGCUUUCAGUGAUCAACCUGUCUGCCAGUCACUGGAGCAGCCAAACAUAGUUACAGGGCUUCCAGCUGCAGUACUGAACCACUGCCAGGUCCACCGCAUCGCUGCUGUUGUUUACCAGUGUUACAGUGAUGUCAUUGGCCCCGACUCUGUCACCAUGGAGACCUAUAAACCUGCGCUAACCAAGCUUGGCAGGUCUAUACAGGUGGAUUCCACUCCAAACACAGACGUCCUACGCAAGUUUAUCAGAACCACAGAAAUUCAAAGUAAUCUUUAUAUCUAA